AAGUAAAAUCAAACAAUGAACGGUUGUAUGGUCCUGGUGGCAGUUUCGCCGCUACCCAUAACGUUAUAGGACGAAAGAUCGAUUGUUACCAUUGAAGACACUGAAAUCGCAUGCUGGGAAUGGAAGGCACCCGGUGUUACGACUUCUUUAGCCUAUGAACAACAAACCAAAAACAUGAGAAGCAAUGCCUGUCUUUGCCGUAACUUGAACUCUCUGCCAUUUGACAAGGACUGUUCCCCACACGUGCUCUACAUGGAUUGGAUUGGGUUUAUUGGCAAUAUGCUAUCUAUACGUAAGCAUGGCAAGAUAUAUGUCGUUCAGGAAGUGGGCAAGAUGUAUAUACCACGGUCACUGUGUGAUUUCGCCGACUUCUAUGAUACACUGAAGCUUAUAUACACUUUCAAGCGUCACUUAUGUAACUUGCAAGCCCAUGUGCUUCCAGCGUUAGCACGGAAGGAACGCCAAGAAGAACACGAAAAGUAUGAUCACGAAGUGCCAGAAUCUGAAUUCGAUACAGCGGAUCCUGAGAUCUUCUAUACUCCUAAAACAUCCCGAACGUAUGCAGCAACCCCAGCUGAGUGAACUUGGAUCCUCUUUUUUCAAUUCAUUAUUUUAUAUACCUGUCACUUCUCUAUUCUUUUGUUAUCCUUCUUUUCC